AUGGCCUCUUCUCGCGCCAACAAGCGCGUGAAAGUUUCGUCGUCAGCUAAGGAAUCCGUAACGACGCUCGACAACAAGGCAUUCGAUGAAAAGGACGUGGCCGAAUCGAAAACGCACACGAAAAUGACUUUCCGGUGCCCGGUCACGAUCGACAACGUCUUCACCGCGCCGACGCCUACGCAGGUCAAGGUGUUCUACGAGUCCAGGAGCAGCAAAGGGAAACCUUUUGAUUACUUGCCCGAAGGCGAAAAGCUUGCCUGGACCGAGUCGUUCCACGACAACAAGACCUUGAUGGGAUUCAUUGUGUACACCCAGCUUUUCCCCAAGCUGUUGCAGAACAGAAUCAAGCUCAACGCCGCAACGUACCACUGGGCGCAUCUGGACAACUCUUCGGAAAAGGGGAGGACCAAACUCGAACAACGUCGCAACGCCGUAGAUAGGCUCAAGAGAAAUGGCUUCACGCGCUCGGUCUUUAUGGGACUUUCGUACAGGGUGGACACCUCGGCAAACAUACUGGCCUACAUGAAGAUGAACGUAGAGGAAGAGGACGAGCGCUUCAGGUUUUUCACCAAGCGCGAGUUCUCCAUGAUUUAUUCGAAGCGGGGGCAAGUCGGCAGUUCGUCGGUGUACGUCUCGUGCUCCAUGGCACUGUCCCUACUCUGGUUUGCAACGGCGGUUUUGGCCCGGCCCUGCUGCCUCGAGUCUAUCAUCCUACCACUCUCCAUCACGGAAAGGCGAACCAUGGAGCAGAGAUUCAAGUGCCCGCCGCAAUUUUUCGACGGGCCCAUCCUAAGCUUUCAAACCAACUGGAAAGACGUGUUCGCUGCCAUCGACACGCAUCAUCGGAACAUCAACUACACGAUGCUCGAGAAAGCGUGCGAAGACAAGUACAUUGAGGGCGUGCACAUUGCCGAUGUCUAUGCCGUGUUUCGAGCGACCAUGACGGCCCCAGAUGACAUGGACAGUAUCGCGGCAUUGGUGCGAUCGUACAACCAACAUGCGAAGCACGGGGUCGAAUCCGGGGCUGUGGUAGGCGUCAUUGAUGUCAUCAGGGACAAACCGGUCGAAGCCAUUGGUAACAUCGACGGCGGGUUUCUAGGCAGCAUCUUUUCUACCUAUGGAGAGAGGGAGUGCCUCAAGGUCCAAGCGGAGUGCAGCAGGCUGGAAGGAGGGUCGUCUCUGUUUGAUGACAGUGUCAGCACCAAGCUAAGUGAGAUUUUGGCCCACUUCGAUUGCGAGCUGUGGAAGGCCCGAAAGAAGGACAAGGUGGAGCGGGUCGUUGCUGCGAACAUGGACCCCGCCGGCAUGAACAAAAAGAUUGAGGGAGGGAAGAUGCUCGACCCGACAGACCCGAAAUCAAUUGAUCUCAUGCACACAAUGCUUCAGACUAUCUCGGGACAGGUUUGGAAACCCCUGAAGAAAAUGAUUGGGGAAGCGCUGGGGGCAAGCCUCGAGUACCCGGCCGCCUUCCUGCGCAUUACGCAGGAAGAGGGAGAACAGCUACACAAGCACGUGCUAACUGCGGGGGUGACGUACACCGACGUGGCUAACCUCUGGACACUGCUUCUCCUGAGCUUCUCGUUCCAGCGCUCGCAGGUGCUGCGAGAAGCAACCGUCGACGAGUUUGUGCUCGUGCCAGACGCGACGCACUACAAGUUUUCGUUCAAGAACAGAAGGUUCAAAACAGCAACUUCGGGAGGGACCUCAUCUGCACCGUCUGUGUCACACUUUAUGCUGUCGCCCGAUCAGUCCAUGAUCACACGGCUCAUAGCUAUCGUGGGACACAGGUUUGCGGCACACUAUGCUUGGACAAUGAAGCCAGGAGGCUGUUUGUCAACACCAAGGGUCAGAGCUGGACGCAGAAGGACAUAUCGUCGCGCUUCAAGAGAAUUGGCAUGCAUUGGUUGGGCAUCUCCAAUUUUGGGCCCCCAUGUCUGUCGAACCUUUUGGUCCACGCAUGCCCUCAACUCUGGACAAGUCAGUGGCUCAAAUUUGGAGGACUUCAGUAGCUUUCUGCAAGUUUCGAGUACCACUCUGAGGAACAGCUACAUGGCGGCAUCCGCGAAUACCGCCGCGCACACCGUGGGAAACGAAGUGUUGGGGGCGGUAGUAAACUCCGCCUGCACGGGAGAAAUGACAGAGAAGGGUGCUCGGCCGUACGGGAAGAAACUCAGCGCUAGGAGGCUUGAGUUUGCGGGAGAGAUUCGAGCCUCUCUCGCAAAGUACAGUGGUGAUGGUAGACUGCUGUUCCGUGCUCUUUUGCAGAAGAGGGAUUCUUCUCAGCUUGUAGAGGGAGAGAAAUGGUUCCGUUGGGAGAAUACUUUUUUCAGUCAGAGCGAUGAACGGCUGUUUCAGCGAUUUGUGGAUAAGAUGAACGCCUGA